AUGGCCGAUCCUCAUUCCGAGAGGCUGGACCUGGACACCUUCGCGGUCGCUGCCAGCCAGCCAGACACAUUGCGGUGCUGCUGCGGGAACACAGACUGCGUCUACUUGAAGCACAAUUGUUCUGUUCUUGAUAGCGUUGAGAAGGAUGUCCAUACAGCCGCAAAGCUGGGCCAGGCCCUUCUCGCGCGCCACGAGGCAUACAUGGCCUCGGCCGAGCGCGAUCGAUACGAGAUGCAGUCGCGCAUCGAGCAACUCGAAACAGAGAAGAGGACAUUGGAAGCUGAAAACGCGAGGACGAUCCAGGAAAACCGCGCGCUACUCGACCAGCUCGAAUCCUACAACAACUCUGUCAUCGAUUCAGAGACACAAAUAAGGAGCCUAGAGGCAACUCUGCAAAGUUCAGAACAGGCGAUCCGGAAGUUGCAAGGCGCUGAAGCGCGAGCAACUGAAAUGGAAGACCAACUCGCCAAUUUGGAAGCAGAGCAAGCCGCCCUACGAAAUACUCUUGUUACAACCGAGGGCGAGGCUAGAUCGGCCAUGCAGAGGUGGCGCAGGGCAGAGAAAGGCAUCUCAGAUCUGCAGGAAAAGCUGGAAAAAAUAGAAAGGGAGGCCUGCGAAGAGCGACAACGACACGCCGAGGUGCUAGCUCGAAUGGAGAAACAACGCUCCAUGGAGAAGGAUCUCAACACGGCCGCUGGAAGGCUGAAAGGCGCGGCUGCCGCGAAGACGAUGGGCGAAGGCAACAACGGAGGCACGGUGGUCUCGCACUUUGUGCGUGAUCUUCUGCAGGACAACGCGAAUUUGCAAGUGGGCAUGGCUGAGCUGCGCGAGCUCUUGCUGAAUUCAAAUGACGAGAUACAACACCUGCGCGAGCAGCUCAUCUUCCACCAGCCUGUGGAAGACAGAGAGACCAGUGCAGCAAACACACUGAGAGCAGAGCUGGAUCCCGACGAGAUGGAGCCUCCGUCGCCUACGUCGCCCAAAUCACCCCAGUCUGAGCAGAAAUCACGGCCAACGGCAUCAGUGUCGCAGGAAUUGCACAUACAUCAUCAUUACCACGUCGCGAAGGCUGUCGAGCCAAAGAAGCCCAAGAAGAAGCGGCAAAAUCUGACCCACAACAUUUUUAACCCGUCAAGAAACUUUGCGCCUUCCUCCCCGCCGAGCCCGGGUCUACCUCACUGGCGAUUGCCGCACACACCCAGUGCACCUACACUCAUAUCACACUCUGUCAGAGAUUCGAUAUCCACAGCUCCGUCUACGAGAUGGUCUGUCUUCUCCGAGCAGCCAUCGGAUUUUGCACCUUCCUCAGUUCCCAGCUCUCCAGUGUCGAAUCGUCGAGGCUCCGUGUUCGACAGGACGGGCCACGACACAUCAUAUCCCACCUCGCCGGUCACGAGCAUUGAUCCUACAUCGCCGGUAUGGACCAGACACAAGAAGCAGCCAUCGGAUGCAUCCAGACGGAAGUUCUCAGUUCCAAGGCCCCUUUUCCUGGACGGUCUGCCAGAAGACGAUCAAAGUGUUGCCAGACGCCAUGAAAACGGCAACGCUUCAAAACUCAGAGACACUGUGCCUACAAUACUGACCACGUCCGAAGACGGUCCUGAGUCCACGACAACGGCAGUAUCACCUGAAGAGCUGACGGCAGGGUCUACGGAUUCUGGCGACGCCGUGACUAGCAUGCCGCUUACUCCCAGCUAUGACGACUGCUACCACACCAAUACGCGCCCUCGCUUGCACCGCGCAGCAUCGUCUGAAUCCAUCAUGUCCCUCACUGGAGGGCUUGACAUACACACGCUGAAAGCCCGCCCGAGUCAGCUUUCAUUCCGACCGCUUGGUGCUGCAAUGGCCGAUAUUGGAUUAAGUGCGGUUACUGCUCGACCGACAAUCGCGAGAGGCAGUACACAGGAGAGAAGUGGCGGCAUGACCCUGCGGGACAAGCUUAGCCAUCCGAAUUUCCGCGCUGGAGAUCGCGCUGCUUCAGCUUCAGCCGCCUUAUCCUCACUUGCGAGCACACCAGAAGUCCCUCAACGAUCAGCGUCCGGCGCCGGCUUUGGAAAGCUUGUAGGCUGGCGACCAUGGGCAAGCACGAACAGCAGAGGCGGCGAUAGCGCCUCAAAUACACCGACAUCUGACAGAAGCAGGAGCAUGUCACCGAACCCUGCAUCGGGUUCGUCACCCGCUACGUCAGUCAUUGAUGUUCCCCGAGCGUCCAGCUCUCAGACUCCUAAAAAGCCGCCUCCCAAAGAGCUCGCCUUCUCACCACGCACCUUUGGAAUUAACCAGCCUGGAGCCAUCCCGGGUUUCCAAGAGUACUUGGCUUAUCACCAACGACGAGGGCCUCAGGCCAAGGUUGUCCCCGACGUCGUCGAUACCGAGGCGCUCCGGGAGAUCCUGGAAGAGGAAGGCCUUUAG